AUGUCAAAGCUGAAAUUUUCUACUCAGAAAUUGGUCACAGAAGGUGUCCGAUUCUUUAAAGGAAAUAUAAAAAUUUCAGAUGAUGGGAUUUAUAUUCAUCUCAACUAAUUGAUGCUAAUUAUAAUCAAAGAGUUAACAAACAUAUAGGGGUAGGGGCAGCCGAACAAUUAAUAAAGCCAUUUAUAUGAAUUUUAGUAGGAGAGUGGCCAUCAAAAUUCUUAUAACCAAGAGGAAUAAUAGUUAUAAAUUAAUGAAAUUGAAUACUUUGAGACAUAUAGUUAAUUAUUUUCUAAAUAGUAAUAAUAUUAACUUAUUUCUAUUAAUGAGACUUUCAGCAGUUCUCUUAUUGAAUUAAUUAAAUACCCUAGAGCAACACUAUGA